CUUAGAUAUGUUUUAUUAGAAGGUGUACCAGUUCAAUGGAAUAAAAAAUGUAUUAAAUAUGUAGAGACCCAAGAAGGAGUUUGGUACGAAAAAUUACCCGAAUUACAAAUUGUUGAUUAUGGAAUAACACAUAUUAGUGCGAAUGUUUCUGUACCCCAACAUCUUAUGGACAAGGCAAAUAAAAUCCAUGAAAACUUUUUGGUCCGUAAAACUCUUGGAACAAAAGAAGAUUCAACGCUUAUGAUGACACGCUUAAUACCAAUCAAACAAGAACAAAAUGAUGAGAAAAGUGAACCUCAUUAUAGAGUAACAUUAGUUUAUUCUUAUCCCUUCGAAUUGGAUAACGUUGAUGUUGAAUCCGAUAAAGUUAAAGUUGAUGAUAAUGAUCCUGCAUCAGUUAUCGAACAUGUUAAACGGUUAAUUCGAACAUUAAGACCAGAUUGUGAAUUGACUGAUUUAUUAAUAGAAUUUUGGGACUUGAUACCUAAAACAAUUCCAAAUGAUCCAAUAAAAAUGAUGCGAGAUAUUGAUCAUGUCUAUCAAAUCAUGGACAAUCCUAUAUUAGGAUUAGGAGCAAAUAAUGCUAUUCAAGAUGUUGAUAAACUUUCUCAAGCAUUACUUAAAUGUACGGACUGUAAUAUUUCUUUUAUUGAAGAAUAUGAAAAAGAAAUGUUAAAGCGAACAUCUGCUGACAUAUUAAAAUCUAGAACUGCCACAUUUAAGACUUCUAUUCCACUUGGACCUUUUGGCAUUAUAAUUAGAGACAGCAUUUUGAAGGUUAUAAACGCUAUGAUAAACUUUUAUAGUUUUGCGGAUAACAUAAUUUUUAAGGACUAAAAAACUAUUAAUAUU